CCUCAGCUCGACCUCUCCUCAUACGGCAAUGUUUUGCUGGGAGGUGAUUUCUCUGGUCUUUCCCUAUGGACUGGAUCACAACAGUCAACGACAAAUAGUAGCACGACUGGAGAUUCUGUGCUGAGUCAAUUGGAGGAUGGAAGAUUUGAGAGUUUGGGCCAAGCGAAUGGGACGAUUGCUGCGACGUGUUUCAUGGACUCCGGGGUGUUCAUCGCAGGAAAUUUUACGGGAAUUGCGGGGGUAAAUGCGUCGAAUAUCGCGGUUUACAACACUUCAACCUCGUCGUUCUCAGCCUUGGGCUCAGGAGUGCCAGGGCCGGUGUACGCGCUUUACUGCAAUACGGACAACAACACUGUGGUGGUGGGAGGAGAUUAUGAGACGCAGAAUUCGACCAAUGCCUUGAUGUGGAAUGUGGCGGAACAGUCAUGGGUUGGAUUCCCUUUUGGAGGAUUCAAUGGACCGGUUACGGCGAUCGCGAAGGCAGCCAAUGGAGAUCUGCUGUUCGGAGGAAGUUUUGAUGCUACUGGAACGGGAGCGACUGGAAGUUUCGAGGAUUCGCAGGCGAUUAACCUAGUUACGGCCAAUGUCACGGCUACCGGAACCAUUACCACCGCUGGCUUCAACAAUGCGUCCAACAUCCUUUGUCCGGGCGGGACUGGUGCUGGGCAGACCUGGUUGUUGGCCGAUGACACUGCGGGUUCGUGGACUGCAGAGACUUCGUUUGGAUUCAGGCCGACGAUGCUUAGGUUGUUCAAUGCUCGCCAAGAGAACCGCGGGACCAAGACCUUCCGGGUCAUUGGUCUGCCAAUCAAUGGUAUCAUGAACAUGACCUACACUGACCCUACCUCUGGAGACACCGUGGCUUGCGAUGCUUUCUGCCCGCUGCCGCAGGUCACUAAUGACUCUUCUGUGUACUACACGGACUUUCACUUCGUGAAUGUCAUCGGGAUGACUGGGUUCAGUAUUGAGAUUCAGGACUGGUAUGGUUCUGGUGGAGGAUUGGAUGGUGUGACAUUGUACCAAGAUGACAUCUUGGCGUUUGCUGUGAAUACCUUUAACCAGCCCACAUGCUACGGUCUUGAAUUCCCCUCGUUUUCGAACACCACCGGUGGACCUUGGUCUAAUGUGACCCAGGAGGGUAACACUUCGUACCUCACCACCUGGUUGACUGGUGACGACGCCUUGUCGGCUGCGAGCGUUUCGUUCUUCCCUGAAACUGUUGAGGAAGGCAACUUUACAGUGCAGAUCCACACGCCUGGAUGUCUCGCUGACGAUACGUGUUCCAACCGAGGGCAAGUCAACGUCUCCGUUUACUAUGACCCGGUUCUCGACCCUGUCUCUACGGUCUUGUUCCAGACCAACAGUGGCGACAAGUACGACACGGCCUACCAGGGCGUCGUUGCAGCUCCGACCACCUCGUGGCGUCCAUACGUGGCGCUUUCUCCUGUUACGGGGCAGUCCGGCACCGUCAAUGUUGUCGCGCAGUCUGUGCAGUUCCUUCCAACGAGCGCUGGUGGUGGAUUGCGGGGCUUGUUUGAGUACAAUCCUGCUAACUUUGCUACCACCACAACUUACGCCGCGAACGAUUCAAGUGUCUUCGAUCGCGCAGGAGAAAUCUUGAGCACCGACCCGACUAUUGCAGGUAUUGCGGUGUUACCGUCUGCCACGAUCGUUACUGGUAACUUUAGUGCUACGAACAUUGGUUCCAAGAAUGUGCUUGCGGUCAACGAGACCGAUUUCUUUGCCGUUACGGAUGGAGGAUUGAACGGACCUGUAAACGCCGUGAUCACGUUCAACGAUACUGUUUAUAUUGGUGGGAACUUUACUGCCAGCGCGAAUGGUUCCGUGACGAACUUGAAUUACAUUGCAGUGUAUGAUUCGGAUCUCAACUUGCAGGCACUGGGCCAGGGAGUUAAUGGCGAGGUCACCAGCCUUGUGCAGAUGGUCGUGGAAACAUCAAAUGGUUCUGUCGAUGCAAUUGGUGUAUCGGGUACCUUCACCGCAAUUAAUACUAACAGUGGGACGAUUAUCCCUGUCGCUGCAUUCGCGGCUUGGAUUCCAAGCUUCGGCAAGUGGGCACAAGAGUUGUCUGGCCCUACGUACUUUCAGGGCAGCCUGGCUUCUUCUGCCUUCUUGAGUAAUGGAAGUGCAUUGUACGUUGGAUCCGUUGGCGCAAGUGAGACUACUUCUGCUAGAUUCGUGGCCAGGUUGCCUGAGGGUCAGAGCAACUUGACCGUCAAUGCGCUCAGCCUGUUCUCGGAACAGUCGAGCACGUCGAGCACGUCGAACUCUGCGAUGACGAAGAGGGCCGUGGCGGAGGUUGGUGCAGCUAAUGGUGUCUACAGUGGAGUUUACUACAAUAACUCUGACACGAACCUUGUGAUCAUUGGUGGUCACUUCUCUAUCUCGAACGGUACGGGCAGCGUUGUUCAGAACUUAGCAUUCAUUGCCGAGAAUGGAACGAUCACCGGUGUACCGGCCGGUCUGGACAGCACUAGCUCCUUCUAUUCGAUGGUUGUGCAUGAUAAUGUCUUGUAUGCUGGUGGAAACGUCACCGGUACUAUCAAUGGACAGGAGGUGAACGGGCUUGUUGCAUACGAUCUUAAUACCAAGACGUGGAGUACGGAGCAAUUUGCUGCGUUGACUGGUGAUAACGUUCAGGUAAACGACCUCGCGAUUUCACCUAACACGAACGAUCUCAUUGCUGCUGGUACCUUCACCGGUGCUGGAUCGUUGAACUGCCCAGCUGUAUGUUUUCUUGACCUUCAGCUAUUGCAAUGGUCUGCACCCACUUCCGGUGUUUCCGGAGAUUGUGAGAAGGUAUUAUUUGCGCAAGAGAAGAAGUUUGUUGCUGCGGGUAAUAUGACGAUGAACGGAACGUCUGCUCUUGUUCUCGAGUACGACCUCGGUUCGAAUGAGUGGAGUGAGUUUGCGAACGCGUCCACCGCAUUGCCUGGACCUGUUACGAGCUUUGUCUUCGAUCCUAAAACGGAGAACGUGCUUUACCUCGCAGGUGAGAACACUUCCAGCGGCGGAGCCUACCUUGAGAAGUGGGAUGGAACGCAGUUCAUUGAUCUUGGAUCCGACCUUCAGAGCUCUUCCGUCAUUCACACCAUGAGGGCUGUCCCUUUGGUUGGUGACAGCGCAAGCAAUAAUGUGUUGCCGAGCGGAUACGUUGUCCUGAUCAUGGGAAGGCUGGACCUCCCCAAAUAUGGAAACGUGUCUGCAGCUACCUUCAAUGGCACUGCUUGGCAGCCAUACCUGAUCUCUUCCACCUCUGACAACGUCGAUGGUCAGAUUUACGCUUUCAUUCAGGAGAAAUCUCGAACUGUCCCUGGAGCUAAGCACUACAUGGACCGUGGAUUCGUUAUUCUGAUCUCGCUUGCCAUUGCGGUUGGUAUCAUGCUUCUCUUGACUACCGCAGGAGCUCUUGCUGCGUACUGGCGAAGAAGAUCGGAGGGUUAUGUUACGGCACCUUCUGGUGAGAAGAAUGUCACACGGAUCCCGCCUGGCUCGCUGUUCUCGGAUAUU